AUGGCGAACUCACAGCAAACGUCUGUACCCGUUAACUUUGUGCAUCAGGAUGAAAUCUGGAAAGCUCAUAUAAAACUUGAGAAGGAUUCAGCUGAUGUCUGGCCGGAGAAAUGGGGUCACCUGACUGAGGCUUACAAAGAGUAUAAUGCAAGUGUGAAGAAGAAUGCCAUUAGAGUGGAGCCUCCAAAACAGCUGGUUGGCCGCUCUCCUCCAGUUCCGCAGACCACUCAGGCCCUGGUUGGUUGGCGUUCAGCUCACUCACACCUUCAGCUGGAGAAAUAUGGAACAGUGCAUCAUGGGAGGCGUAGUUUUCUCAAAGACCUUGGCUGGCCUCUGGGUGCUUGCAGCUGA